AUGUCUUCAGGAGUUAAAGUAGCGGUCAGAGUUAGACCAUUUAACUCUAGGGAAAAGGAAAGAAAUGCAGAAUGUAUAGUAAAGAUGUCGGGUAAUAGUACGAGUUUGGUUCGACCAACAGCACUUCGAGCCAACCCACUUGCACCGGUAUCACAAGACGAUGAAAAGUCGUUUACAUUUGAUCACAGUUAUUGGUCGUUUGACUCGGACGACUCCAACUUUGCAUCGCAGACGACGGUCUUUGACGACCUCGGAAGAGAGGUGCUACAGAAUGCAUGGGAGGGCUUCAACUGCUCGAUUUUUGCCUAUGGUCAGACGGGUUCGGGCAAGUCCUACUCGAUGCUUGGGUACGGCGAGGAGAAGGGUAUCAUCCCACUCGUCUGCGAAGAGAUGUUUAACCGCAUCAACAAUACAGUGUCCAACGAGAACGAACAGAUUGUGUUCAAGGUGGAAGUGUCGUUUAUGGAGAUUUACAACGAGCGUGUCAAGGAUCUGCUCAACCCCAAGAACAACAAGCCCGGCGGUCUCAAAGUGCGUAAUCACCCGACCACAGGCCCCUACGUCGAGGACUUGUCCAAGCUGGCCGUCAAGUCAUUCCCCGAGAUUGAAAUGUUGAUGGACGAAGGCAGCAAAGCGCGUACAGUCGCCAGCACCAACAUGAAUGCCACGUCGUCGCGUUCGCACGCCGUCUUUACCAUCAUCUUUACGCAGAGCAAGAUUGACAAGAAGCGUGGUGUCGCAGUCGACCGUGUCUCCAAGGUGUCGCUCGUCGAUCUUGCCGGCAGUGAGCGUGCCAACAGUACCGGUGCCACAGGCAUGCGUCUCAAGGAGGGUGCCAACAUCAACAAGUCGCUCUCGACACUCGGCAAGGUCAUCAGCGCGCUCGCCGAAAACUCGACGCAAAAGAAGCAGGUGUUUGUGCCGUACCGUGACUCGGUGCUCACCUACCUGCUCAAGGAAAGUUUGGGUGGCAACAGCAAGACCAUCAUGAUUGCCGCCAUCUCGCCGGCCGACAUCAACUAUGACGAAACUCUCUCGACGCUGCGUUAUGCCGACAGCGCCAAAAAGAUCAAAACCACUGCCACUGUCAAUGAAGACGCUCAAUCCAAAGUCAUCAGAGAACUUCAAACUGAAGUUGAAAGAUUAAAACAACAAAUUUUAAAGGAUGGUGGUACUUCUGGUACUGGUGGUGAUGGUAAAAGAAAAGAAAAAAUAGAAAAGAAAAAAGAAAAAGAAAAAGAAAAUGAUGGAUUAGUACUUUCAUUAAAUGAAAAGAUUGAAUCUUAUGAAAAAUUGAUGGCUGAAUUGAAUAAAUCGUGGGAAGAGAAAUUGACAGAAUCUGAAAGAAUUCGAGAAGAGAGAAUGGCAGCAUUAAAAGAUAUGGGUGUAGCGAUCAAGGUGGUAUCAUCCAUCCCACAUUUAGUCAAUCUCAAUGAAGAUCCGCAAAUGUCAGAGUCACUCAUUUACUAUCUCAAGGAGGGAUACACUCGUAUUGGUCGAUCAGAUGCAGACACGCCACAAGAUAUUAUUCUUAAUGGACUUAGUAUCGCACAGGAACACUGUGUCAUUCAAAACAAGGAUGGUGUCGUCACCAUCAUCCCAUACGACGAGGACAAGGACAAUAGAACUCACACUUCAAUCUAUGUAAAUGGAAAUGAAAUCACUUCACCAACCGUUUUAAAUACCGGUAAUCGUGUUAUUCUUGGUAAUAACCAUAUUUUUAGAUUCAAUCAUCCAGAAGAAGCCGCUAAAAUCGCAAGAGAACGUAAUAGUGGUAUGGCUGGAGUUGUCGGUAGUCCAACCGAUACAUCUGAUCAAAUCGUUGAUUAUGAUUUUGCUUUAAAUGAAUUGGCUUCUGCUCAAGGUACUUUGGCAAUGUCAAAACAUAUUGGAGAUAAAAAAGAAUUCCAAAGACAAAUGAAGGUUUUAUAUGAACAAAUGAAAUCGAUGGAAUUUGAUUUUGAUCAAGAAACAAAAGAAAGAAGAGAAAGAAUUGCAAUUAUAGCAGUUAGAAGAUGGAGAUCAAAAGUUUAUAGAAAGAGAUUGUUGAAUAGAAUUUCUCAUCUCAUUUUACAAUUGAAUGAAGCAAAUGCAAUUUCAGAUACAUUAUCGAAAAAUAUCGAUCUUUCUUUAUAUUUAUAUUCAAUAUUCCCACAACCAGAUCAAAUUUCAGAUUCUGAUGAAAUUGAAAUUGAUUGGAGAAUGACACAAAUUGGAAUUAAAGUAUUUACAAAAGAUACAGGAGCAACAACAAUGAUUUCAAGUGAAGAAUUUAUGGAUAGAUUCUAUUCAAUGAGAGAAUUGUAUCAAAAUGAUGGUAAAUUGGAAGAUGAUUUUGAAGAUCCAUUCAAGAUUCAAUUUGAUGGAGCCAGUUUGAUUGGUGUAUCACAUGUUUAUCUCAAGAAUCUUUUAUACCUUAUUGAUAUUAAACGUGCCAUUCCAGUACUUGACAAUAACGGUACACUCAAGGGUUACCUCAAUGUCGUAGUAUCACCCAAAUCAAAUAUCACCGAGGAGGAGAAAUCAUCGAUUUGGGAUUCAGAAGACGAUCAAGAAGUACUAACUUCUUCUGGUGAACACCACCAACACAAGUUACACGGUCUCAUUGGAAAACAACUUUCAAUCACCAUCCAAUUCAAUGGUAUCUCUGAUUUCAAAGAUGAAAAUUAUAAUUAUGAUCAUAUUUUCUCAAAGUAUAAAUUUAUUAAUGAUUCUUAUCAAACUAAUGAAUCAAAUUCAUUAAUAACAUUUAAAGAUGAAAAGACAAUUAUAAUUGAAUCAUUGACAAUUGAUGAUAUUCAAUAUUUGGAAUCUCAAUAUCUUGCAUUUGAAAUUUGGGGUAACAAGAUAUCGAUGAAAAAGGAGACAUCACCAUUCUCUGAGAAUGCAUUGAAACAACCCAUUUCAGAGUCGUUUGACUUUUUGGCAUCGGUUAAUAUUCUUGAACCACAGGCUGAUGGAGAGGGUGACUUGUCACCUGGAUUCAAGCCAGUACAUAUCUUGGAAGAUGCCGAUAGCUCAACAAGCUCGACAGUUACAUUUAGACUGAGAAAAGAGGUUGCUACAAGACAGGUUGUACUCAAGUUUAUAAAGAUGUCGCCAGGUGUUUCUGUCAAGGACUGCAAGUCUGUCAAGAUUACAAACACACGUGUCGUUGGUAAACCAAUGGUUGGUGGAGUUGCUGGUGCCAUAUUGUCGGCCAACAACACCCCCUCGACACCAUCGACACCUGCCAAUCGUCAGAAUGGACCAGGUCAACCACAAACACCACAGACACCAUACAAUGCAAGCUCCAACAACCUCUUUUCGGCACUCAACAACACGUCCAUGUCGACACCCAACUCUAAUGAGCGUGGAAACAGCAGUUUUAUCAGUAAUAGUGCUAGCAAGGACAGUCUUUCAACACUUUUAAAUGGUGCUGGUGCAGAAUCGUCAAGUAAUACUGCAACAAGUAAUAACAAUAGUCAUUUUUCACAUGGCACAUCUACGACUACAAUAUUACCAGUUGUUUCAAUGUCCAAAGACACGAUUAUUGCAGAAUGGACAACUGAUCCAACCAAUAUAUUGGCACAAAAGACACGCAAGGGUAACAAACUAUUGUUCAAGAUUACCUUUGGCAUUUUGUUUGAUGGAUUCACAGAAGAGGCGUUUAUUACCAAGGACAUCUCUGUCAAGGUGUUGUCUGACAAUUUGCAGGGUGCACCAGAGGGUGCCAACACGUCGAUGAGCAACCUUUUGGAUCGUUUCAAGACUCAUUUCAAGGGAGAGAAUGUCGCAGAUCAAUGCCAACAGCUCGAUCAGCCACAGCAAAAAGUCGACACUCAUCACCAACAAGAAGCGAUCGGCAUCGGUCGUCGUAGAGGUCAAAGUCAACGAAGUUGGCUCGAGUGCACUCGUCAAAGAGGAUGA